AUGAGUGCCCUAACCGACAACACCCGUAAUGGCGCUCUCAAAAGAAAUCUGCUUCGCCAGAUGCUCAAGGCAGGUGUUUUUAAAUUUGGUGAAUUCCAACUGAAGUCUGGUCAAAUCUCUCCAAUUUACAUUGAUCUUCGUGAGUGUUUCGGACAUCCUGAGCUACUGAUGCUGAUCUCAGAAGCUCUCUCUAGACAGAUUGAGAGCAGUGGAGUUCAAUAUACUGGAGUUCUUGGUAUUCCAUAUGCAGCUCUUCCUUAUGCUUCAGUAGCGGCUGGUCAAUAUCUCAAAAAACCUCUUUUGAUUGUUCGAAAAGAGGCGAAGUCAUAUGGAACGAAGAAACUAAUCGAAGGACUCUACCAACCAAAUGAUCAACUCGUUCUGAUCGAAGAUGUUGUCACAACUGGAGGAAGUAUUCUCGAUGUUUUGAAAGUAAUUCAAGCUGAAUCAUUGGUUGCCUCCGACGUUUUCUGUAUUCUGGACAGAGAGCAAGGAGGAAGUCAAAAGCUGAUAGAUGCAGGAGUUACACUUCACAGUCUCCUUGACAUGAAUACAGUUCUUACAUUCCUUUUGUCUACUGGUGCGGUUACAGAAGAACAAUGGCACGGGAUUGUGAAGGCUCUCAACCUCAGUUAUACUUCUCCUGUAAAACUAAUCAUCGACAAGGAUCUUGAGAAUUUGAGCAAUCUCCCAUAUGUUGAGAAUGCUCGUACCCCAUUGGCCGAACGAGAAUCACUCACCGAAUCGUCACUCAACAGAAAAAUAAUAUCUAUCAUGCGCAAUAAGGAAUCUAAUUUGUGUCUCGCCGUUGAUUACACUACAACUUCUGAAGUGCUCCAGAUGGUUGAGUUAGCGGGUCCAUUCGUAUUGGCUAUCAAGUUGCAUGCAGAUGCAAUCACCGAUUUCAAUGAAGAUUUCACUAGAAAGUUAACGACAAUGGCGAACGACAUGAACUUUAUUAUCUUUGAAGAUCGGAAGUUUGGAGACACUGGAAAUACCAAUCUUCUUCAGCUUACUGGUGCACAGAAAAUUGCUAGUUGGGCUGAUGUUGUGACAGUUCACGCAGUGCAAGGAAGCGACAGCAUUGCUGGAGUUUUCAGAAAAUUAGCCGUCGAUCCAGCCUAUAGACUCAGUGGAAUUCUUCUCAUCGCUCAAUUGAGUACGAAAGGAUCAUUGACUGCGUUAAAUGGAUACACUGAACGCGCUGUGGAGAUAGGAAAUGACAAUCGUGAUGUAGUGUCAGGAUUCAUCACUCAGACAAGGGUGUCCGCAUGCUCUGAUCUAUUGAAUUGGACUCCCGGUGUUAAUCUCGAUGCAAAAACUGAUUCAACUGGACAACAGUGGAGAGGAGUCGAUCAAGCUAUCGAUGUCCAACAGAACGAUAUUAUCAUUGUUGGAAGAGGUGUCACUUCUUCGAGUGAACCAGUUCAACAGUUGAAGAGAUAUCGUCAAAUCGCGUGGGAAGCUCUUACCAGAAACGACACAAGCAUCCACUGA